UUCGUUUAACAAUCUUGACUAUCCAAUUCAUCAGAAGUAAUCGAUGACAAAGCCGAAAGCGAAAAAGAAAUCAAAGUCAGAGGAGUCAAAAUCUGAUGAUCUGAAGGGCAAAGGUACUGGCAAAGGCAAUACAACAGCAAUUGCCACUACUACUACCAUUACUACUACUACAAGUGCCAAGAGCUCGUCAGAGAAGGAUAAGGCAACAGCCCCUACUGCCAAUGAUAGUACAGGACUUCCACCGAUUGACUACAUUGGUUAUGAAUCAGAACAUCAGCUUCAGGGUAUGAUCAGUCUGAUUGAGAAUGAUCUUUCAGAACCGUACUCCAUUUAUACCUAUCGAUACUUUUUACAUCAAUGGCCCAAGCUCUCAUUUCUUGCUAUGGAUAGGGAAAAGGACAAAUGUGUAGGGGUAAUUGUCUGCAGAUUAGACAUACAUGGGAGCGCUAGGUCCAACCGUGGUUACAUCGCCAUGCUGGCUGUCUCGAAAGAGUACCGGAAACGGAGGAUUGGAUCGACUUUGGUCCUUAUGGCCAUUGAGGCCAUGAAACAAGCUGGCGCAGACGAGAUCGUCUUGGAGACAGAGUAUACAAAUCAGAGUGCGAUAGCACUAUACCAGCAGAUGGGGUUUAUCAAAGAUAAAAGACUCUACCGGUAUUACCUCAAUGGUGUCGAUGCAUUCCGCUUGAAGCUAUUUUGCAAACCAGAAAUAGGCCCGAUUUCAUAAAAAGGCAAAAAUGACUAUUUACCAGGAUCGAAGCAGUAAAACAAAAAAAAGUUCUCUUUUAUUUGUUUCAAAAACAUCGCCUCGAUACUUGUAAUUACAUUUUUGACAAAAUGAGGAAUUAUAUUUCGAGAGACAUAGCAAGAAUGCAUCCCUUAAAAGCAUGUUUAGAUUGGUACUUUAAAACUCCCUUAUUUUCAAGUCGGAUUCCUCAAUUGCGAAUAUCUCCCUAGAAGUUGAGUUGAUAUCUUUGAGGGGGAGGACGG